UGCAACAAUUUUCUAUCUUUUCUUCUUUUUUAUCUACAGUAUUGUUUGGAUGACAUCAUUGCACGCAGAGUGCGCAUCGUCUUGAAGGCGUCAUUGCUCUGGAUUCACUUUGAGAGGAUUUACAUUCAAGAACAAGAACAUGACCCCAACACACUUUGUCGACUGAAGUAUUGAGAUUUCUUCGAGUUUUCCAAUGAACACGUCUUUUUUUGAUAUCAUGCCGUCCGCCAAGGUGAACAUGAACAAGGUGAUGCGCGAGGGCUGCGGGCCAAAUUCGUUGGAGCGACUUCCGCCUCCCGCGAGCUGUAACAAACCUCUCACGCCUUUCAGCAUCGCAGACAUUCUUGGUAAACCGAGCGGAGGUCCAAGGCCUUACCUGAGUUCACCUGUGCACGUGAACCGCCGCGUCACGGCUCCCGUGAGCCAGACGUCACCGCUGUGCGCCCUGCAGGAGCUGACUAGUAAAACCUUCAGAGGUCUGGAGCUGGGUGUGCUCCAAGCAGCAGAGAGUAGAGAUGGACUCCGUGUCUUUGGCCAAAGGAGCAACCCGAAAAAGCGCAGAAAGUCCAGAACUGCGUUCACACACCACCAGAUCUACGAGCUAGAGAAACGUUUUUUGCGUCAGAAGUAUUUAUCUCCCGUGGACCGGGACCAGGUCGCGCAGCAGCUGGCGUUAACCAAUGCGCAAGUCAUCACCUGGUUCCAAAACCGCCGCGCCAAGCUGAAGCGGGACAUGGAGGAGCUGAAAGCGGACGUGGAGUCAGCCAGAGCAGUAGGAGCCGUGCCUUUAGAGGAAACCGCCGCACUGGGUGAGCUGGAAGGAAGUACUACAGAAAGCAGGGGACACAUUGGAGCACAGUGGUCCUCUCCGCUAAGGCACGAGCUACAGAGCGCGCACAAAUUGCGCAUGUUGCGCGCCACGUCGUCCUCCUUUUCAGACCACACAAGUCACACUGAAUCUGAAGACGAGGACGUGGAAAUAGACGUGGAUGACUGAUUGCUCACCCGGGUGGUGUGAGAAAAUAAAUGACACACUCCUCGAAAUCUGUUUAUAUAUAUAUUACUAUUCCUGCACUGUUUAUAAUAUCGUGGAUUAAA